CAUUUUGGCUUGGAUACACGGACUUCGAUUUUUGCAAGUGAACUAGUUUAAAAAGAAUUAAUUUCAGAUUAACUGAGAAUGGGUAGACGUAAAGAUAAAGAAACUUGGAGAGAAUAUACCCGCGGACCAGGAAAAUCUGUAGUAUGCAAUCAUUGUAGAAAAAGCUACAAAUUUGCAAAUGUCAGUAAAAUGAGAACUCAUCUUGAGAAUUGUGCUAAAUGCCCGCUGGACAUUAGACAAGCUUUGAGUCUCAAAAAUGGGGACCAACAAGAUGAAAAUAGAGAUCCUCUAAGUUGUAUUAGCAGCCAAAAUAUGCCAUCGUCGAAUUCUGAAAGCCUAAAAGAAAUUCAUUCUAAACAAAACGAAGAUGAAUAUGACUCGCCGGUUUUAUUAUUUACCAUUACAGAAGCUGCAAGAACCAAACUAAAUGAAAAAUUGUCCAAAGCAAUUUAUGUCACAGGCGCACCACUCUCUAUGACAGAGCAUCCGUUGUGGAAAGAUUUUUUUAAUGACCUCCAACCUAUGUAUAAAAUGCCAACCAGGAAAAAUCUCUCAACCACUCUUCUCGAGAAAACAUACACCGACAUGAAAGAGGAAAUGAAUGAAAUUCUUGCAGCUGCCAACGAUUUACAUCUUCAAUGUGAUGGAUGGAGUAACAUACGAAAUGAAGGAAUAAUAAAUUUCAUCAUAUCAAGACCUGAACCGGCGUUCGUUAAAUUUCUGAAUACAGAAGACAACCGGCACACAUCUGAUUAUAUAUCCCAAGAAGUUAUAAAAAUCAUGGAAGAAUAUGGACAACAUAAAUUUUUUGUUCUUAUUGGGGAUAACGCUAAAAAUAUGCAAUUGGCAUUUAAGAAAGUUCUCGAUAUAUAUCCUCAUGUGAUACCCUUGGGCUGUGUAGCACACGGGCUCCAUUUACUGUGCCAAGAUUUUAUUAAAUGUAACUCAGUCAAUAGUUUUAGCGCUUCUGUGACUAAUAUCAUAAAAAGUAUAAAAAACAGCCAAUUGUUAUGUACGUUGUAUAACAAAAUAGUACAAGAGAAACACUGUGGUGAACAACUUAAGCUUCCAUGUAAAACGAGAUGGGGUAGUAAUGCAACUUCUUUAGAGAGCUUUAAGAAAUCUAAAUCGUGUCUUCAAGCAUUGGCUGUUCAUGAAAAAUCAGUUCUUACAAGAGACACUAAAUCUGCUUUACUUGAAGAAGAAUUUUGGGUUAAAAUUGAUAAUGCCAUUGAAAUUUUGAAGCCAUGCUCAGACUGGAUAAAAAAAAUUGAAGGAAAUGAUUGCAAUAUUCACAAAGUUUAUAAAGUUUUUACAAACAUUGAAACUGCAAUCCUCACUUCUACAAUCAUAGAUAAUGAUGAAAAAAAAGAAUUAUUAAAUAAAUCUGAAACCACCCCAGCUUCACCAAGACCAGGACCUAGUUCAGAAAGACCAGGACCAGGACCUAGUUCAGAAAGUCAGUUGGAAUAUUUUAUGGUUACUGAUUCAGAGUCAGACUAG